UCGGCGACUUCAGCCUAAACACUUACGUCGUAUUAAACGUCCCCUCCCUGAUCCCUGAGUGCAUUGACUAAAAAGCUAAACUGCAAGCGCUCUUAAUACUGGCGUGAACAUAGUACGGACAUCAUCCAUUAUGGAGCAUGCCUCCAAUCCGCCCGAGUAUGACGGGAGACAUCCUCUGCUCUCGCUCAUCUCUGCCUGUUUCUGGGUGAUACUAUGGUUCCUAUCAUGGGCAAAAGCUUUGAUAGCUUUUGCCACCAUCACCAUCCCCCGUCUCAUCUAUUUUGCUCUGUCCUACUCCAUGACAUUGACACUAAAUUUUUGGUCAUUUGCCAUCAUGUUUUCCGCUUCAGCAGUUGCCCUGAAUUAUUGGAUACGCCUUCGAUACCUUAACACAUAUUCUUCACUGAAGGAACCACCGUUGGUGAAGCCCGAUGUGAAUGCACUUCACCCAGAUGUGAAUACAACAGAGCCUCCUCCAGCAUUUCACAACUACUUGGACGAUUUUUUGCAAGCUGUUCGUGUCUUCGGAUUUCUCGAGAAGCCGGUAUUUCAUGAAUUGGCAAGGCAUCUUGCAACGAGACGCUUGAUUGCCGGGGAUAGUAUCUCUUUAGACGAAGACAGGAGCUUCUAUUGUGUUGUCGAUGGCAUGGUCCAGGUAUACGCUCGAACAGGCCAGAAUACUUGCCAAAAUGGGUCAUGGGACGAGGAGGAUAUGAACGGAUACCAACUUAUCAACGAAGUCGGAAGCGGUGGAACCUUGUCUAGUUUAUUCAGCAUUCUCAGCUUGUUCACCGAGCACAUAAAGAUAAGCUGGCAAGAAGAUGGUCGCUCCGAUGCUCUUGGAGGAAAUCCUGCAAGUGGAGUAGGAGGACCACCUCAAUCACGUACUCGCCGCGCGGAUUCGGACGUGUCUCGUUUUAGCCUUGAUUAUGUAUCCGUGGCUUCUCGGCCUUCUCGUUCUGCAUCCAUCUCGUCAUCCGGUUCCACCGCUCAUCCCGCAGACGCGACUUCUCCCAUUGGUCCGACAUCUCCGUAUUACAUCGGAGACGCCUCUAGAUCGACGCCACAUCGCGCUUCGCGCUCACGAUCAGCCUCUAACCCUUCAUCUCAUCUCCACCAUGGUAUCGUGGCCAGGGCAAAAGAGGACAGCACUUUGGCCUUCAUCCCUGCAGAAGCAUUUCGCAGAGUUACAAAAAAGUUUCCGAAAGCAACCAGUCACAUAGUACAAGUCAUUCUAACGCGUUUUUCACGCGUUACGUUCAAUGCCGCACACAGAUAUUUGGGGCUGACGACAGAGGUCCUUCGGACUGAGAAGGCAAUCAACGAGAUUGCAUGCCACCCUCUUCCGGCAUCAUUCUACGAAGGUGGUGGCCUACAAUAUCUGCGGCAACGAUUUGACGACGUCGCAAUUCAGGGGUCUGACUCUGAAAGCGAGUACCUCAAUCUCGCCCCAUCUCCGGGUCCGGCCUCUGCUAACGGUGGCUAUGUGUCCGCAGUUUUAUCACGAGAAAGCUUGACAGAUAGCCCGCUUGCUAUGCGUGGUAUCCCGAUUCGUACUCCUCGCAAUCAGGUACAGGCUGGCGACUUGCAUACCUCAACUGGCCAAGGCAGUGACGGGUAUAAACUAUCGCGUUCGUUCAGCAUCCUGGAAUCACCUCGGCUACAGAAACACGACCUGUUACAGACCCGUCUGAAUAAUGAAGAGUUUGAUCUGCGCGAGGAAGUCAUGUCAUGCAUCGCCAAGUCUAUUGGUCUUCUUCAGCCACCCAUGAGUGGGAACGAGUCCAUUGAGGAUUCACCAGCUCUCCCGCCUUUUGAUCAUCUGCGCUCUGCGAACGGCGUGCUCCCGUCUCCCUUUGGCUCCCUGUCGCUAUUAGAAACUGCGGAUGACGGCGCUUCGAGUAUGACGGGAACAUCACAUAUUGAGAUCCUCUUCUUCUCUGCUGGCUCGACGCUCGUGAAGGCCGGAGAACGGAAUACUGGUCUUUACUAUGUUGUUGAAGGUUUUCUGGAUAUUCUCCUACCCGCUGACGAGUCCCGCCCAAAUAACGGGCCCUAUGCGACGAGAUCGACAAGCUCAGACACCGACUCUCUAUACGCAUCCGACCACAAGCAGGAGCCCGAGAAAGCCCAGAGCCGCAAGCUGUUGUUUACCAGUUAUCUCGCGUCUCUCUGCGGAACACCUUCGUAUGUUGACAUCCAAGCGAAAACUGAUACAUACGUGGGAUUUCUACCCGCUCACUCUCUUGAACGUCUGGUGGAGAAACGGCCUAUCGUGCAGCUUACAUUGGCAAAGCGUCUCAUUUCACUGCUGUCGCCUCUAGUCCUGCAAAUUGACGCAUCUCUUGAUUGGAUGCACGUCAACGCAGGUCAAGUUCUUUGGCGCCCAGAAGACAUUAGUGAUAGUUUCUACAUUGCGGGUAAAGUCAUAAUUACUGGCGAAUACGGACAAGGCGACACUGUUGGAGAAUUAGACGUCAUAACCAGUUCAACACGCAGAACUACGAUGCACGCAAUUCGUGACUCUGAGCUGAUUAGAAUGCCCCAGACGCUGUUUAACGCUAUUUCCUCAAGAAAUCCUCAGACAACCGCACAGUUACUACGGACGAUCGCCUCUCGCGUACGCGACGAGAUGGAUGCGUCGAGCGAUGUCCAGACACGCAACACUGCAUUUGAACUGGGACGGAACAACACUAACCUAAAGACUGUGGCCAUUCUCCCGGUAUCGCGGAAUGUUCCUAUAGACACCUUUGCCCGAAAACUCAAGACUGCGUUGGAAGAGAUGGGCGCGAAGACCUCGUUCAUGAAUCAAGCCUCUGUGUCGGGACAUCUCGGCCGUCACGCAUUCUCUCGUAUGGGCACACUCAAGGCUGCAGCUUGGCUUGCAGACCAAGAGCAAAGAUAUCGAACAGUUUCUGCUGAUUUUGUGAUGGUGGUUGGGAUGGGUGAUGAUCCGAGCAUUGGAGAAUACGAACGCUUGCUACUUUCAAUGAAGACCACGGCGCGGAAAGAGCUUGUGAUACUCCAUCCUGAACGUUCGGUCGCCCCUGGGUCGACACGCGAAUGGCUGAAAAAUCGACCUUGGGUGCACCAACAUAUUCACGUCGAGCUUCCGGGUCUCGCAGUUCCGAUAGUGAAGGCUGCUCACCAGAUGCAAGAUCCCGAUGUUGUCAUUGCAUUCAAGAACCUCAAGGAUAGAGUGCAGAGUGGCAUUCAAAAGUACAGGGGGAGAUCUAGGGACGCAAGACCGCAACCACAUCCCAUGAUCAAUGAUUUCUCUCGUCUGGCCAGGAGACUCUGCGCAAAAUCUGUCGGAGUUGUCCUCGGUGGCGGUGGAGCUCGUGGUAUCUCGCAUCUCGGUGUCUUACGUGCGCUCGAGGAGCGCGGAAUUCCCAUCGACUACAUCGCAGGCACUAGUAUCGGCGCAUUGAUAGGCGGUCUUUAUGCACGCGAGUGCGACAUUAUCAUGAGCACGAGUCGUGCCAAGCAAUUCAGCGGAAGAAUGGGGAAUAUCUGGAGGAAUGCUUUCAGAUACAUGUGGCUACCGUACUUCUGUAAUACCACGAACAUCAACACAUCCCGCAUGGAGAUCCAUGAAAGUGGCUAUGCCUGGAGGUUCAUCCGUGCUUCUAUGACCCUGGUUGGACUACUGCCUCCAUUAUGUGACAACGGCAGCAUGCUUGUGUCAACAAUGUUCUCCAUGGGCGCGAGCAUCGUGCUUGCUGCGGACGUCGGUUCCAUUGAUGAUAAUUCCCCUCGAAACUUUGGUGACUCUGUCUCGGGGUGGUGGCUCGUGGUUAACCGAUGGAACCCCUUCUCGAGCGCUCGAACCGUGCCUGCGAUCACUGAGAUCCAAAGUCGGCUGGCCUACGUGUCGAGUGUGCGCACUCUAGAGGCAGCCAAAGUCACACGGAACUGUCUUUACAUGGCGGUCCCGGUUCAGGAGUAUGGCACUCUCCAGUUCAACAAGUUCGAUGAGAUCCAGAAGAAGGGGUAUCUCGCUGCGGUCGAGAUCCUUGACAAGUGGGAAGAAGAGGGAAAGCUGCCCAACUACGAUGCUUAUGGCGCAGAUAAGAACAUAGCCAGCAGGAAAGGGAGAAGUGCAAGACGCAAUUCAGUGUAGAUCACAGUCGAUCUCUCUACAUACAAGUUGUAAUUGUAACAAUGAAAUAAUUAUCUACGACAAACAAACAUACAAAU